AUGUUUUUAAGGUUUUAUCCAAAAUUAAAACAUCUAAAAUCAAGUAUUAGAUUCCCACAAAAUGGUAUACUACCAAUAUAUAAGGAUAUCGGGGUAUCUUCUGCAAAUGUUACAAAUAUAAUAAAAUAUCUGUCUGAAGAUAAGAAUUUAAAAGUUGGUCAUGGCGGUACUUUAGAUAUGGAUGCAAGAGGUCUACUUAUAGUUGGUUUCGGUAAUGGUUGUAAAGAUUUAAAUCAUUUUCUAGGUGCUGAUAAAACUUAUAAUGCAACUGCAUUCUUUGGAUAUGUGCCACCGCGAUACUCUGCCAUCAAGGUGGACGGCGAGCGACUCUCUGACUGGGCGGCCAAGGGUGCCUCUGUCAUCCCGAAGGCGCGCGAUCUCAAAGUGUAUAGUGCGCGAUGCACUCUCUACAAGGCGCCGUUCGGUGAGUUUGAAAUGGAGGUGUCGUCGGGCUUCUACGUGCGGUCGUACCUCACCGACAUUGCCAAGUCACUGAAUACCGUCAGCUAUGUCACCGACAUCUAUCGUACACGAGUCGGUCCGUUCUCCGUUGAGAGUGCACUGCGUGUCGACGAACUGAACGAAGGUGCCAUCUACAACGGUCUGAUGGCGACGAAACGUCUCUACAAAGACUACUUUAAAAUGAACGAACUGACAGAGAUUGAAAAGCGAAAUCAAGAACACAACAAACAUUUGAAUAUGAACCGACCGAAAAACGCAUUACUCUUUGAUUAUUCAACACCGAAACACUCUAGAACCAGACCCAGGAAAUCAACACAUUUUCAUAGUAAUAGAGAAAACUUUGAUGAAUAA